AUGAAUAACAGCACUGAAGAUGUUUACCACCACUACACUUGUGGUGAUGCAACACGCUUAUUUGUUCACUGCUUCAUACUCCAGGCUUCUGGACGAACAUCACCGAGAGAAUCAGUCUGUCUAAACGAGACCGAGAGGAAAAUGAAGUCUGCUGGUGUUUUUGUUGCAGUUGCUUGUCUACUCUUAUGUACUUAUGUACAAGGUCAAGCAAGGACCAAUUCCAAGAGGUGUUUGUGUCAGGGUCCUGUAGUCAACGCAGUUCGUCCACAACGGAUCGACAAGAUUGAAUUUUAUCCUGCAAGUGCAACUUGUCAGAAUGUGGAAGUCAUUGUCACUCUGAAGAAUGGUGCAGGACAAAGAUGUCUGAACCCCGAAUCUGACUUUAUGAACUACAUCAAGAAAGUUGUUAAAAAAAGGAAUGCCGAAUAAAGCAUGUGCUGCGACUCAACUAAACUGAUGUGAAACGACUCUGUGUGUGUGUUGAUAUUUUCAAUUCCUGACGUGAUAAAUCUUCAUUUGUUACGAUUGUUGAUUGUCUAUGAAGAUUGUACAAAUUGUACAUUUCUAUAUCUGCUGUUCACUUUAUAAGUCACACCUGUACAUUUGUCCAUUGCACAUUGUACUGUAAAAUAUCUUUUAAAUAUUUCUUGCACAUAAUUUUUUUGUUUUAUGAUUAUAAUUUAUUCUAUUGUAUCUUCUAUUGUGAAUUAAGAUUCAAAUAAACACAG